GCAUAUCUCAUUACCAUCGUCCUCAUAGUGCAGGCAGUGGGUGUUGCAAGAGGAGGCGAGAAGGAGAGCUUCACAGAGAAAGAGAGAGAGGGACAACCAGUGUGAGUCAGUGUUACAGAGGAGGGAGACAUUGAAUACAGGACCAGGAAAUCAUACGCAUAGAUAGAUGGGCCAGAGCCUUUGACUGACUGCUUGUGUGUGCGUGCCUGACAGAGAGCACUGGGUUUGUUUCCACGAUUUACCCAAGGCCGUGGCAGCCAUGGCGUCAGAGGCGAACACCCAGUCCAGAGUGAUGUUUCAGUCCACGGGCAAAGUCGACCAACCGGGUCACCGCAAGCUUGGCAAGCUGACCGUCAAGUACAACCGCAAAGACCUGCAGAGGCGGCUGGACAUUGAGGAGUGGAUAGAUGAACAGCUGCACCUGCUCUUUGACUGUGAGGAAGAAGACAUCCCAGAGUUGGAGAUUGACAUAGAUGAGCUCCUGGAGUUAUCAGAUGAAGGGCAAAGAAUUCGAGUACAGGAGUUGAUGCAGGAAUGUAGAAAGCCAAUAGAGGAUUUUGUCGAUGGGCUGCUCUACAGGAUAAAAGGACUACGCAAAAUGUCAGGCCCUUUGAAGAAAUAGUUUUAGGUCAAAUGAAGAAAUGAGACAAUGGAUUCCCCUACGGGUUCCAAUCCCCUACGUUUACCAUUUGGAUGCCUGUAUGUGUGGUCCACACCGUCAAGGAUCCCCUCCCACCCGCCUCCCAAGGUUAGCAACAGAUGGACACCAAAGCAAUCAAAUUAAUACUUUCCUUUGAAUUUGUGGACUGUUAAAUAUCAGGUCUCCCUCAAAUGAUAUUAUUACUCAAGAUAUUUUUCUCACAUUAAUACUGUACAUUUUUGUUUGCUUGUUUAUGUAAAUAUAUUUUGAUCCAUGAGUGCUGUAUGAAAAUAAAAUAAGACAUUUUCAAUACUCAGCCACAUUUGAUUGAACAAGAAAUGUCAGUGAACUGACAUCUUCGGGUAUUAUGUAU